GCAACGAAUGCAGCAACUCUCCAAAUGGAUCUGCCGUUUCUUCCUGGAAACUCGUUCUCCGAUCCAACUAAAACCAAGUAUCACGUCAACCAGACGUUAUCCUACAAAAACGGAUAUUUCGUUCCUAAACGACCAGUAAGAGGCAUUGGUGGCGACCCAAUUGCUGUCAACCAGUUGACAGAAGAAGAACUUGACCAACUGGCUAAUACCAAACCGUCUCUAACAUACGGACAAGCAUCACAACCUCCACCUGAAGACUUCAUUCCCGCUCAUGUUGCCUUUGACAAGAAGGUCUUGUUGUUCGACGGUUUCUUCAAGCAGACUGUCCACGAGUCAUCAAAUGAGUAUUACCGCGUGCGGCCAGUGAAGAUCUAUUACUAUCUGGAGGACGACAGCAUCAGUGUUGUCGAGCCCGUUCAAGCAAAUUCGGGAAUUCCGCAAGGCAAGUUGAUCAAGAGACAGAGACUACCGAAGAAUGAUUUGGGAGACUUUUGGCAUUGGAAGGACUUGAACUUGGGUAUGAGCGCUACGUUUUAUGGAAAGACGUUCCAAAUCUGCAAAUGUGAUCAGUUCACUCAGGAGUUUCUUGAGAGCGAAGGCAUCUUGGUGGAUGAGCCACAAGCUAUUCCUAAGGAUCCAUAUCUUGACAGUCGGCAAUUGCCUCAAUACAAGCAUGUGACGCCAAGCAGCUUCGAUAAGCUGAAACAGUUUCUGACGAUGGAUCGAAAAGUGUUACGAUUCUAUUGCGUCUGGGAUGACAGAGACAGUAUGUUUGGAGAGAUGCGGUCGUUUAUUAUGCAUUAUUUUCUUGUCGAUGAUUCUAUUGAGAUUCGAGAAGUUCACGAACCAAAUGAUGGCCACGAUCCAUUCCCAGUGCUCUUGAGACGCCAGAAGUUACCCAAGGACAGAAAUGCAGUGAAAGGAUCCUUCCCAUCGUGUGUGCUUGAACUAUCCAAGCAUGAAAUCCACGACUGGUAUUCUCCGUCUGAUUUCGCUAUAGGAACGACACUCUUCAUCAACGGCCGUCGUUUCCUCAUUUUUGAUUGCGACGAAUUUACCAAACAAUUUUAUCGGUCUGUCUACAACGUCACAGACUUCACUCCAGUUACAGUACGCGGUCGAGCAGCCGAACUCCCAAAACGCAAGUUGCCGCCUUACAAUGGAUUUGGUUCUCUUGAAGACUCGAUGCAGUCUUGUCUCUCACUUGUACCACAACCACCAAAGAAAGAUUUUAUUCGAAUGCUAGAAAAUGAUGGUAAGAUACUGCGCUUUGCUGCCGUCAUGGAUUCCCCUCAUCCAGAGGACGUGAAUCGCAAGUUUAUUAUUUCCUAUCGUCUGUCUGAUGAUAUGAUGCAGAUCUAUGAGCCACCACAGAGGAAUGCAGGCAUUUUAGGAGGCAAGUUCCUGGAACGUACUCGAGUGCGGAAACCCGGCUGUCCAACUGAUUAUCCCGAGUUCUAUACGCCGGCUGAUUUGGCAAUUGGAGCGAAAAUCGAGAUCUUCAAACAUAAGUUUAUCAUCACAGAUGCUGAUGAGUAUGUACUGAAGUGGAUGGAGGAUAACAGUGAGUGGAUACCGGAGGCAACACUCAACACUCUAAGACAGAGACAUGGAAAGCAAGCGGAUACAGCAACAGAAUAGAUGAAGAGUUGUCCAGUUGUGUAGACAGAGACAGGCACAUACAGCAAGUGUGGUUAUUCGUUAGUCACUUAGUUCUAUUCUAAUGUGGUUUGACAGCGAGAUGGUAACUUGUUUGAUAGCAGUGGGUGAGUUGGGCUUGGCUAUCAAAUUAUUGAUCUAAAUGUGUAAUUAUACUUGUCUUACUGGCUAUAA